CUCUCUCUCUCUCUGUUAACUCUUUGGUUCUAUCACACACACAACGGUGUUGGGGAGAAUCACAUUAAUCGGUGGAGGAGAACGAGAACGGGUAACAGAUGAAAAGAAUGGUUUGGUCUCGAGAAAACGCUGUCGAUGGUUGCUUAGACACUCUCAAACCGCUUGCCCGGGACAGUGGAAGAAGAAGAAGAAGAAGAAGAAAUGAUGGUCAUCCAUCAGCGGAACCUGCGAGCGACGAGUUCGUAUCGGCCCUGGCGGCCGGCAUGGGUGCCAAGCUAAUAGUAGAAGUCUCACCGGAGGCAUCCCAAUCCACGGGAGCCCUCGCCGCUGCAGCUCGACAAACCGGAGGCAGACUCGUCUGCAUCAUCCCGGAGGAGGUGUCGCUCGCUCCCACGAAGGAUGUCGUCGAGGAGUUCGGCGUGGACGACGCGGUGGAGUUCAAGGUGGGCGACCCGUAUCACGAGCACAUCGACUGCUCUUUGGUGGGCUGCAAGUCCGACCCGUACGCAGGCCUGCUCGAGCUGCUCCACGUCAACCCGAGAAGUUCGGUGGCGAUCGCUAACUGUCUGCGGGGAGGGAAGGAGGGGCCGAUAGGCGAAGAAGGGAUGGAGGUGACGAUGAUAGGGAAGAUUGAGGAGGUGGGAAGGACGGGGACGACGGCAGGCGGCGUGGAACGGCGGAAGAGCGCUAAGGGAUCAGGGCGGAGGAGGCCGGGCAGCAAAAGCAGAUGGGUGAGGAAGAUCGAUGAGAGGGGAGAGGAGCACUUCUUUAGGUUACCCAUUUCCCUCGAACCUGUGCGCGUCUCGGGUGGCGGCAGAAGUGGGUGAUGCGGCCGAGAAGAAGAUGAUGACGGUGAUGAGCCAUGAGGUACUACUACUGGAUGAUCUCUCGUGUGCCUAAUGCUGCACCACUUACCUCAUGGAAAUCUCAUCAUAUCAACAGCUCUCGUUCGUCGUAUCACCUCAUGUUGGAUCUGAUCCUCGAGGGUUUCUUAUGCUAUGGGUUGUGAUCAUACAAAGAGUGGAUAUCUGAACCACGAGAGAUGAACAUUAUAAAUUCCGCGUCGACUGUGUCGUCCGAUGAUGGCGAUCUCUCUUUGCUGAUAGAAUUCUACAAGAACUGAAGAGGUGCUGAAACCAUUUGUAUCUUCCCAAGUACGACUACCAUGUUGAUUAUUUGUUAUUGUUAUUAUUAUUAUUAUUAUUUCAAAUUAGAGUAUUUGAGGUUA